AUGCGUUCUACUAUCGUUUGCGUUCUUGGUGUCGCUGUCAGCGCUUCCGCUAUGCCCUUCGUUAUUCCCUCGUCUACGACCCACGCCUCCCCGUUCUCCAAACGUCUUGCCGUUUCCCCAGGUCAAAGUCGACCUCCCCUCCCUGUCGGUCCUUGUGGCAUACAGGUGGUCGGAUUCAAACGUGAUGCGGACGACUGGUCUCUCACCCGCCGUCUCGAAAUCACAUCGGGUCAGAGCUUACCAGUACCGCCGUCUAUCUUCUGUGGAGGACCAAGUAUAUCAGGCGCCAGACGUGACGUUGGUGACGAUAUUGAGGACGGGUUGAAGGCAUUCGGCGGUCUUUUCCUUGGAGGCUUGGGUGCCCGGGAUUUGAAGGACGACCUUGAGACUGGCGCGGGAGAUGUCAUUUCUGCUCUUCCGGAGAUUGCUACUCUUGCAUCGAAGUUCCUCGCUCGAGAGCCUCUUGAUGACAACGAGCGAACGAUCCUCGCCCGUGGACUUGGUACUACGAUCCUUCAUGACGCUGAGACCAUCAUUCCCGAAGCUCUUCCUCUCAUCACUUCCUUACUCAAGCGUGGCCUUGGUACCACGAUCCUUCACGAUGCAGAGACCAUCAUUCCUGAGGCUCUUCCUCUCAUCACUUCCUUGCUCAAGCGUGGCCUUGGCACCACGAUCCUUCACGAUGCUGAGACCAUCGUCCCAGAGGCCCUUCCUCUCAUUACUUCACUCCUAAGACGCGAUAUCGGAGACGACCUCGAGACCGCGGCGAAAGAUGUUGGUUCUGCUCUUCCGGAGAUUCUUGGCCUUGCCUCCAAGUUCCUGGUUCGUGAACACAUCGGUGUCGACGAUGAGCCCAUGCUUCCGAGUCUGACCCCACUUGCGGGUGAAUUCUUGAGGCGCGACGAGUUGGAGGCUCUCGCGGCGAUGGCGAGGCGUGAGAUCAAUGAUCUUGACUAG